AUGUCUGAAAACUUGUCAAACGAAUACUUGAGCACGGCAAACUCGAGAAGGAAAGGUUUAUAUUUCUCCUCGGACGGGGACGUUCGCUUGGAUGCGAAGCCGAUUGGGUGUAGACGAGUUACAUCCUUGCCUCCUGGAAGGGUUGUUUUGAUUUUCUGUGACAAAACUCCAGCGAAUGCGUCUUUGCUAGUGUUUGAAAGUCCGGUUCAGUCCGGUUUUUUGAUGCCCAGGGGCGUUAACCGUAACCGUAACCGGUCUGCCUUUUCCCCAGAAGUCAAAAGACCAGACCAGACCGCAAAAAGACCGCAGACCGCGGUUUUUUGCGGUCUAUAG